AUGGCGACGUUGACCAUUCCACCUGUGUUAACUUCGCCGCGUGACGACGCUAUGCAGCUCUACCGUGCUUUCAAGGGGUUUGGGUGUGAUACUGCAGCAGUGGUGAAUAUCCUUGCUCACAGGGAUGCAACACAACGUGGGCUUAUUGCCCAAGAGUACAGAGCUAUCUACUCUGAGGAUCUUCAUAAACGUCUAGCCUCUGAACUUCGUGGUGAUACUGAGAAAGCAAUAUUGCUAUGGAUGUAUGAUCCUGCCAUGCGCGAUGCAACUGUGGUAAGGCAGGCUUUGAUCAACGACGCUAAUCUCAAAGUUGCUACUGAAGUCAUUUGUUCUCGUACUUCAGCUCAGAUUCAACACUUUAAGCAGAUAUACCAUGCUAGUUUUCAUGCUUACCUUGAGCAUGAUAUUGAGAAGCAAGCAUCCGGUGAUCUGAAAAACCUGCUGCUUGCCUAUGUUAGUGCAGUGCGUUAUGAAGGCCCGGAGUUCGACAGGGGAGUUGCUGAGCAUGACGCUAAGACGCUCUAUAAAGCCGGGGAAAAGAAGCUGGGCACAGAUGAGAAGACUUUCGUGCGCAUUUUUUCGGAAAGGAGCCGGGCCCACCUGGUUGCUAUUUCAUCUGCUUAUCACAGUAUGUACGGGAAAUCACUGGAAAAGGCCAUUAAAAGUGAAACAUCUGGAUACUUUGAAUUUGGGCUUCUGACUAUAUUGCGGUGUGCUGAGAACCCUGCAAAGUACUUUGCCAAGGUACUGCACAAGGCAAUGAAGGGCAUGGGAACAAAUGACUCGGCCCUGAUUAGGGUAAUAGUGACGCGUGCUGAGAUAGACAUGCAGUACAUUAAAGCAGAGUACCACAGGAAAUACGGCAAGUCGCUUGAUGAUGCUGUUCAUUCCGAGACUUCUGGCCAUUACCGCACGUUUCUCCUCUCUCUCUUAGGGGCCACGCACCACCGCUAG